UGCUGAAGUCUACAGAGCAGUGUGAUUAUUAUUCAUCCCCAGAGGUCUUUAAAGCCACCAUGCAGUCCAUCCCAGAUCUGAUCAAGAAGAAGAGAGACGGAGAGCAGCUGAGUGAUGAGGAGAUCAGAACGUUCAUCCGGGCUGUGACGGACGGGACGAUGCAGGAGAGUCAGAUCGGUGCCAUGCUGAUGGCCAUAUGGCAGAAAGGAAUGCUCGACGCCGAGACCUCCAUCCUGACCCGAGAGAUGAUGUCAUCGGGGGAGGUGAUGUCGUGGCCAAAGGAGUGGGCGGGGCUUGUGGUUGACAAACACUCCACGGGAGGUGUUGGAGAUAAAGUUAGUCUGGUGUUAGCACCAGCGCUAGCUGCCUGUGGCUGUAAGGUGCCAAUGAUAAGUGGGCGGGGCUUGGCUCACACAGGAGGAACUCUGGAUAAACUGGAAACAAUUCCAGGAUACAACGUCCAGCAGCCAGCAGCUCAGAUUCUGGAGAUGCUGGACUCAGUGGGCUGUUGCAUCGUUGGUCAGACGGAGACGCUGGUUCCUGCUGAUCGAGUCCUGUACGCUCUGCGAGACACCACCAGUACAGUGGACAGUUUACCUUUAAUUACAGGUUCAAUCAUCUCAAAGAAAGGUGCAGAGUCUCUGUCUGCUCUCGUCCUGGAUGUGAAGUUUGGGCGAGCUGCUCUGUACAAAGACCUGGAGAGUGCUAAACAGCUCGCACAGUCUCUAGUGAAUGCAGGUAACAGCCUUGGUAUAUGUACGGGGGCGGUCCUUAGCUGUAUGGACGCUACGAUUGGUCGAUGUGUUGGAAACAGUCUGGAGGUGAUCGAGUCCGUGGAGACGCUAAAGGGAAGAGGACCUGACGACCUGAUGGAGCUUGUCACGACUCUGGGUGGAGUUUUACUGAAGAUGACCGGCUUGGUGUCGGACCUAUCAGAAGGCAGAGCGAAGAUUUCUGACGCUGUGAUUGGUGGAGCUGCUUUGACAAAGUUCCAGACGAUGUUAGAAAAACAGGGCGUGGCCAAAGAGACAGCUCGCAGUCUUUGCUCCGCCCACACAGAUUACCACAGCGUCCUGAGGAAGUCUCAGCAUCAGAGGGAACUGAAGACUCCUGCUGAAGGCGUCAUCAAGGACGUGGACGGUUUGGUGCUCGCACAAGUUCUUCAUCAGCUGGGGGCGGGACGAUCGAAAGCUGGAGAACCUGUCAAUCACAGCGUGGGGGCGGAGCUACUGGUGUCGCUGGGUCAGAGGGUCGGGAAAGGGGAGUCUUGGUUACGGCUGCACUACGAGGAUCCAGCUCCGACUCCAGACCAGAUGAAUCGACUGCAGAGCGCUCUGACGCUGGGGGAACCUGACGACACACCUGAUCCACAGACACAGUUCAGUUUAGUGAGAGAACUUCUGCUUCCUCUCUGACACCACUUUAAAAACUUUACUCACACAAUCAAGGAAAGCAGCUCCACGGACUCCUCAAGUUCUGAUCCUGAUCCAUGAUCAGAGAGGCAAUAACCAAUAAUCAGUCAGAGUCCUCCUCAGAGGAUCAGAUCCUUACUAUGGAGUUAAAGUGUUUCAUGACUUUUUAACAACGAGCCCAGAUUUAAAUUCAUUCUAUUUUAUGUACAACACUUUGUGUCACAAUGUCAUUGUUUGAAAAGAGCUUUACAAAUAAAGAUUGAUUUAUUG